AUGGUUUUACCCAAUACCAAUUCGACUACCGCAAACAUCGGAACUGAUUUCUCUUCUGCGGAAUAUUGGUCGAAGCGAUUCGAUACAGAAGCGUCUUUUGAAUGGCUAGUAUCUGAUGAAAAAUUACUUUGUUUCAUAGAAGAUAAUCUACCUCCAUCGCUUUUGACUCAAGAACAAGAUCAAGACCAAGAAGAAACAGACACAGAAGAUCAUGACAAUGGCAAGGUGACAGAUGGCGGCAUGAAGGAGAGCCUGGAUGGGAGAACAAAAGAUACCGUUAAUGUUGAUAUACUACAUUUCGGUUCGGGCACUUCAUCACUUGGUUCGACUCUGCAUCGUCAUUUAAACGAUACGAAUUUAUCAAGAAAAAGAAAAUUGAAUUUGAAUUUGCAUUCGAAUUUUCAAGUGUAUGAUAGUGAUUACGUUCCACUACCUAAAUCUGUACCUGUACUGUCGACCUCUACGACCUCUGCGACUCCGAGUACGAUUACGACAAACAGUGUCAGUGAUGAUGUCCCGUUCAUAUUACAAGAUGUCUUAUCGAUCGAAUCGUUAUUGAAAACCUUGCCUAAAUCACUUUGCAAAAAAUGGGAUUUGUUAAUUGAUAAAUCCACUUCAGACGCUAUAUCCUGUUCAUCACAUUUACCUAAUCACGAACAUCCGAUAUAUGGUGAAAGUCCAGUCGAUCCGGUAGAGAGGUUAGCUUGGAACCUAAGUAAAGUGACUGGGAAAGGUGCAAGGUGGAUAUCAAUUUCCUAUUCUACAGAUAGAUACAACUUCAUUUCAUCUCCCAAGUCACCUCCAUCUUCCUCUUCCUCAUUGCCCCCUGCGAGAUUUAGUCACACACUCAACAUUCAAAAUGAACAUGAGGGAAAACAAAUCGAUUUCGGCUGGAAAGUCUUAUCUAAGAAAAUGAUAGAUACCACUUAUAUACCAAGUGGACGAAUCAUAAAAGAUCCCAAAUCAGGUAUGGAGAGAGUGGUACACGAGCCUGAAACUGGAGUAUGGGCUUAUGUAUUAGAACGAACAUAG